GGUCGACCUCUGGUUAUUGGAGGGAAAGGACCAAUGGGAGGAGACCACCACCAGAACCUGCAGAUACAGCAGGCACAGCAGGGUGCAUUGUGCGGCCAUUCACAAGAGGCAAGCCCCCCAAACAAAUUCAAGGCUGAUUCCCCGGACGAAGUUGAGCCGCCUUGAGCCGUGGGAUGGUUGGGGCGCUGAAUCAUCGUAGGCAACUUUCUCCGAGACUUGACUGACUAAUCCCAUUUCCAUACUCACUCGCUCACUCACUCACUCACUCACUGCCUCAGUCUACGCCGGCGUAUAAACAUCGCACCUCGCAAGAUUCACGACCGCGCCAUGAACCCGGCUGAACGCACAUCAACCUUCAAAUCAAGACUUACGCCAUAAGACUCCGAUCUGACACUUCGGAGCAUCCACUCAUCCCCAUCUCGCCAUGGGCGUCAAAGGAUGCUGGACCUGCAGAGCCCGCAAAGUGCGAUGCGACGCCCACCGCCCGACAUGCCACACCUGCACCAAGGCCCGCCGCGUCUGUCGGGGCUACGGAAUCCAGCUGUCGUGGCCGCGGGAGGGUGACUGCAAGAGGGCCGUCGUCCUGCGACACAAGCACUGCACCGUGGAGUCCGUCGUCCGGGGGUUCUUGAAUGCGUCGUGCUGGGACGUCGCGCUGGCGGCGGAACUGGAGAGAGGGGGAGUUUCUCCACGAGGUGAAUACCACGACACACCACACCAUACCACACCAUACCACACCCCUCGAGAAUUGUCGAGCUGCGCUACUUGAUGCUAAUGCACCUCUAGCUCGCUACCUGCGGAGCAUGAGACUUCCUCGGCCGACCUAUCUCUCGCCCACGGCCAUCAACAGGGAAGAGUCGCAUCUCCUGGGCUUCUGUACGUCGGUGUGAUUCUCCCGACGCAUCCACCAUGACACUGACCCAACCGACCUACCCAGUCACCGAAUCCCGCUCCCUGGUUCUCGGCCCGACCGACGAGGAAGCGCUGGCCAACUUCAUCCUGGCCGUCGCCUUCGCCGAUCCCUCGGACGCCACCAAUCCGGUCCUGCAGGGCGUGUUCGCGCUCGCCGCCCUGCAGCUGCACGGAAGCAUGCAGAGCCUCCGCUACAAACACCUGGCCAUCCGCUCGGUGCGGGGGUCGGUCGACUGGCUGGACGAGAGGACGCUGCUGCAGAACCUGAUGGCCACGAUGCUGCUGUAUCACUACGAGCUCUCGCUCGAAUCCCCCUCCAAGGGCAGCUGGGUGACAUACCUCUGCGCGGUGAAACAGGUCAUCAACACGUCGCCGGCCACCCACAAGCUGGUCCGGCGAGAAUACUCGGUGUUUCUGGACUGGAUCUACUACCACGAGGUCCUGGCCGAGUUCACCAUCCGGCAUUGGAAAGUCCCUUACGAAGGAUGCGGCUUUACCCCGACGGCGCGAUCGCCCCGAGCGGCCAUCGAGGGGAGCGGUCUGAAGGUAGAGGACAACGUUGGCUGUCCGACCGAUGUGCUUCAGCUCGUGGUCCAUACGUGUCGACGAGCUCUGGUUUCGCGUGUCUCCGAGACGGAUCAUGAUGCGAACGGCGCCGCCGCUCCUGGGGAGAUGGAGGAGCGCACCAAGGUGCUGGAACAGAAGAUUUCCCGCGCGGUGGGCGAUUACGGCCCGGUCCACGCCCCAUGCGCGACCGUGAUCGACCGCAACGCCAUGGUCGCCGACCUCCACCGGCUCGCGUGCCUGAUCUACGUCAACCGAGCCGUCCACAACGUUUCCGGGACCGAGUUCCGGCACCGGCGGCUCGUGCGGGAGGGGAUCUUGCUGCUGGCCCAGAUGAAGACGUGCCAGAACGCAUGGCCGCUGUUCAUCAUCGCGUGCGAGGCGGGCGGCGACGAGCAGCGGCUCGCCAUGCUGGCCGUCUUUGAGCAGAGUCGGCGCGAGCGGAGACGGCGGUCCAGUCACGUUCAUCUGGUCCAGCACAUGGUCGAGGCGGUGUGGCAUCAGCAGGAUCUCAAUUCGGAGAAGAACACGGUCGACUAUCUAACCAUUUUCGACGCCGUGGUCGGCGGAGUCCCGUUCAUCCCGCCAUUUGCCUGAGUUCAGCCCGUUGUGCCGAGUGCCCAUCAUUUCCAUCCCACUGUGCCGAUAUGCUGUCAAUAUGCUAUGACUAGAACCACUCGUCCUCGUUGCCGUGGUGCGUGAGAAACUUGCCACUGUCCGCCUCCGUCAAGCCCCGAAUCACCCGCAGCUGCUCCGCGACCGACUCACCGACGGAAAUCGGGCCCGUGACGUUGGGAUCGACCUUGUGGAAUGCGUCGAGCAUGAACUUGCGCACCUCCGGGUCGCCCGUGACGGCUUGAGCUGGUUUCGGUUCGAGUCAGCGACACGAUCCCUCUUGUGGUGGUUUGUGUGUGUGCGUUUUACUGACCUGCAUCCGUGUCCACCCACCCCGGACUCAUGGACAGCGUCCUGAUGCCCUCACGGGCCAGCUCGGCGCCGAAUUUCGUGGUCACCACGUUCAUGCCCGCCUUGGCCACCGAGUACCCCACCAGGGCGGCCAGGCCGGUGCGGCGCGUGAACUCGAGGUCGCCGCUCGGGCUGGAGAUGAAGACCAGCUUCUUCUCGGCGCCGUGGCGGAUGAGGUCGAGCACGGCGUGGAUCACGUACAUGUUGCUGAGCAGGUUGGCCUUGAUCUGUUGUAAUAGUCAGUCACUCACUCACUCACCCAGUCAAUCGGUGAGUCAAUCGGUGAGUCAAUCAGUCACUCAGCCACGCUUUCUGCUGGUGAUACAUAUCACUCAGACAGAGGAGCUAGCUACCUAGCCAGGCACCCAGCGAGAUAGAUAGAUAGCUAGCUAUAGCGAGACAGACUGGUGCUGGAUGGAGGUCAGGGGCCAUACAUUCUCAUUGAUCUCCUUCUCCAGCGCUUCCUCCUUGCCGUGGCUAAAAAGGGCACCUUGUCAGUUCGAUUUUCGCAAACACUCGAGCGCGGCCAGGAAAGGGACAGGGUCGGUCACUUCGUCGACUCACAAGGCAGCUGGCGCGAGCACACUGGCCUCCGGCGGGCCCGCGGCGGAGCCGGCGUUGAGAAUCAACACGUCCAGCGAGCCGCCCGUGACGGCGGAGAUGUCGGCCGCCGCCUGGACGAGGCUCUUCGGGUCGGCCAGGUCGGUCACGAUGAUGUGGAUGGUCUUGCGCGUCGCGGCGAGCUGUUCGAGCGCGCCGGCCGUGGCGCGGGAGCGGAUCAGCGCGAAGACAGUGUUGGCCGGGUCGGCGGACUGAGGGUCGUCAGUCCAGUCCCCUUGGGGAAUCAUGGAUCAAGCACAGAUGGAACAACAGAUGGAACGACCUAUGUCGCGGGAGACUCACCAGAUUGUCGACGAAGCCGAGCUGCAGAGAUGGCCUGUGUUAGCACUGAGGAGAGAUGGCGGUUGUGGUGGUGAUCUGGAGAGACUUACGCCGAUGCCUCGCGUCGCGCCGGUGAUGGCCCAGGACACCAUUUUAGUUUGUGGAUGUCAGGGAGCGAUGAGUGAGUAGUGAAGAAGUGUUGAGGGGGACGAGGAUGAUAUAAAUGCAAGUUUGGAUGUGAGAUUCAUUGACAAAGGAUUGCUCUUGCGUCCUCUUAUACCCAUCGCGGGACCCGUGGCGAUGCAGUAUGGAAGCGAGGAGGCCACAGAGC